UUCCUCCUCCUCCUUCUUCCCCCCUCCCCACUCGGAGCGGUUGGUUCUCGCUCCCUUGUAGCUCUGCUGCUCUUGUCUUCUACGGGUCCUGCCCGGGCGCUUGUUGCGUGCUGCCGCCCCGGUUGCGGGGAGAGCAGUGGUUGCCUCGUGCUCCGGGGGUCGGCGCGCGCCCCACGGGGGGGAUUCUCGCCAUGUCGACGGAUGAAGUGAACGUUAUAUGCGAGCAGCUGGUGAGGGCGGUGACGGUCAUGAUGGACCCGAGCUCCACCCAGCGUUACCGCCUCGAGGCCCUCAAGUUUUGUGAAGAGUUUAAAGAAAAGUGUCCCAUUUGUGUCCCAUGUGGUCUGAAGUUGGCUGAGAAAACACAAACUCCUAUAAUUAGACACUUUGGCCUUCAGAUCCUGGAACAUGUUGUCAAGUUUCGAUGGAACAACAUGUCUCGCCUGGAAAAGGUGUUUCUAAAAAACAAUGUCAUGGGGCUGAUAUCAAGUGGGACUCAAAAUAUUUUGGAUGAAGAAAGUCACAUUAAAGAUGUUUUAUCUAGAAUUGUGGUGGAAAUGAUUAAGCGUGAAUGGCCACAGCAUUGGCCCGACAUGUUGAAAGAAUUGGACACCCUCUCCAAACAAGGGGAAACGCAAACAGAGCUAGUGAUGUUCAUCCUUCUUCGGCUGGCAGAAGAUGUAGUAACUUUUCAAACACUACCUCCUCAGAGAAGAAGGGACAUCCAGCAAACACUAACCCAGAACAUGGAAAAGAUAUUCAGCUUUCUACUUAAUACCCUUCAACAGAAUGUGAACAAAUAUCGGCGAAUGAAAACAGAUACUUCCUUGGAGCCAAAGGCCCAGGCUAACUGCAGGGUAGGAAUAGCAGCACUCAAUACCCUGGCAGGCUAUAUUGACUGGGUGGCCAUGAACCAUAUUACAGCUGAAAAUUGCAAACUCCUGGAAAUGCUGUGCUUACUUCUGAAUGAACCUGAACUUCAAGUAGGAGCGGCUGAAUGUCUUCUAAUUGCAGUCAGCAGGAAGGGCAGGUUGGAAGACCGGAAGCCUUUAAUGGUGUUGUUUGGAGAUGUUGCCAUGCAUUAUAUACUCACUGCUGCUCAGACUGCUGAUGGUGGAGGCCUUGUAGAAAAACACUAUGUUUUCUUGAAGAGACUUUGCCAGGUCUUGUGUGCUUUAGGCAGCCAACUAUGUGCUUUAUUGGGCACUGAUUUUGAUAUUGAAACACCAGCCAACCUUGGAAAAUACUUGGAAUCUUUUCUGGCUUUUACAACUCAUCCAAGCCAGUUUCUGCGAUCGUCAACUCAGAUUACUUGGGGAGCCCUUUUCCGGCAUGAAAUCUUAUCCCGAGAUCCUCUGCUUUUAGGAAUGAUUCCCAAAUAUCUCCGUGCUUCUAUGACUAACUUGGUGAAGAUUGGCUUUCCCUCUAAAACAGAUAGCGCUAGCUGUGAAUAUUCUCAAUUUGACUUUGACAGUGACGAGGACUUCAAUGCCUUCUUCAACUCAUUCCGAGCUCAGCAGGGAGAAGUAAUAAGGAUGGCCUGUCGCCUGGAUCCCAAGACUGGUUUUCAGAUGGCUGGGGAGUGGUUGAAGUACCAGCUGUCAACACCUGUGGAUACUGGCCCAAUGAACUCUAGGACUGGAGAAGGCCUAUGUUCAAUCUUCUCUCCCUCUUUUGUACAAUGGGAUGCCAUGACUUUCUUUUCAGAAAGUGUGAUUAACCAGAUGUUUCGAACAUUAGAUAAAGAAGAAAUUCCAGUGAAUGAUGGCAUAGAACUGCUGCAGAAUGUACUGAACUUUAAUACCAAGGAUCCCCUCAUCUUGUCUUGUGUCCUCACCAAUGUUUCAGCACUCUUUCCAUUUGUCAGUUACAGACCAGAGUACUUGCCCCAGGUCCUUUCUAAGCUGUUUUCAUCUGUUACUUUUGAAAUCAUUGAGGAAAGUAAGGCUCCCAGAACUCGUGCUGUGAGGAAUGUGAGAAGACAUGCAUGUUCUUCUAUUAUCAAAAUGUGUCGUGACUAUCCUCAACUUGUGCUGCCUAAUUUUGACAUGCUUUAUAACCAUGUAAAGCAGCUGCUUUCCAAUGAGCUGCUUCUGACACAAAUGGAAAAGUGUGCCCUUAUGGAAGCCCUGGUCUUAAUCAGCAAUCAAUUCAAGGACUACAAAAGGCAGAAAGUUUUCUUGGAGGAGCUAAUGUCACCAGUUGCCAAUCUCUGGCUUUCUGAAGAGAUGCAAAGAGUGCUUUCAGAUGCUGAUGCUUUUAUUGCCUAUGUGGGUGCUGAUAACAAAAUCUGUGAACCAGGCUUGGAAGAUGCCAAUGGUCUAAAUCGUUCACGAAUAAGUUUUUGUGUGUACACCAUUUUGGGAGUUGUGAAACGGGCUCGCUGGCCUACAGACUUGGAAGAGGCUAAAGCUGGAGGAUUUGUGGUUGGCUAUACUCCAAGUGGAAAUCCAAUCUUUCGUAACCCUUGCACCGAGCAGGUCCUGAAACUUUUCGACAAUUUGCUUGCUCUUAUAAGAACACACAAUACUUUGUAUACACCAGAGGUAUUGGCUAAACUGGGAGAUAACUUCUCAAAGGCUUUGGAUAUGCUUGAAGUAGAAAAGAAUGCCAUCCUAGGACUUCCUCAGCCUCUCCUGGAACUCUAUGACUCUCCUGUCUACAAAACAGUGUUGGAACGAAUGCAGGGUUUCUUUUGUACUCUCUAUGAGAAUUGUUUCCAUAUCCUAGGGAAAGCAGGCUCUUCUAUGCAGCAAGAUUUCUACACUGUUGAAGACCUUGCCACCCAGCUUCUUAACUCUGCCUUUGUCAACUUGAACAGCAUUCCUGACUACCGACUCCGACCCAUGCUUCGGGUUUUUGUGAAACCUCUGGUGCUAUUCUGCCCUCCAGAGCAUUAUGAAGCCCUUGUAUCUCCCAUCCUUGGACCCCUCUUCACCUAUCUGCAUAUGAGGCUUUCCCAGAAAUGGCAAGUCAUCAACCAGAGGAGUUUACUGUGCGGUGAAGAAGAGACUGCAGAUGAAAAUCCAGAAUCUCAAGAGAUGUUGGAAGAACAAUUAGUGAGGCUUCUCACUCGUGAAGUUAUGGACCUGAUCACUGUUUGCUGUGUUUCAAAGAAAGGUGCUGAACACAACACAGCUACCAAUAGCACCACCACCAAUACCAACACCCCAGCUGAUGGAGAGGAUGAAGAGAUGGUUUGUACAGAAGUAGCCCCCUCAGCCGUGGCUGAGCUUACAGAUCUGGGCAAAUGUCUCAUGAAGCAUGAGGAUGUGUGUACAGCAUUGCUCAUCACAGCCUUCACUUCCCUAGCCUGGAAGGACACCUUAUCUUGCCAGAGGACCACCACUCAGCUCUGCUGGCCUCUGCUUAAACAAGUCCUCUCGGGAACACUCCUCUCUGAUGCAGUAACAUGGUUUUUCACCAGUGUGCUAAAGGGUUUGCAGAUGCAUGGGCAGCAUGAUGGUUGUAUGGCUGCACUUGUUCACUUGGCCUUCCAGAUAUAUGAAGCAUUGCGCCCUAGGUACGUAGAGGUGAGAGUUGUGAUGGAACAAAUCCCAGAAAUACAGAAGGAAUCUCUGGACCAGUUUGACUGCAAACUACUGAAUCCUACACUGCAGAAAAUUACUGAUAAGCGCAGAAAGGAUCACUUCAAACGCCUCAUUGCUGGCUGUAUUGGGAAACCUCUGGGAGAACAGUUCCGUAAGGAAGUUCACAUUAAGAAUCUUCCAUCACUCUUCAAAAAACCAAAGCCGUUGCUGGAAUGUGAUGUGCUGGAAAACGAGGAUGGAUGCUUGAGCACCAUCUUUGAACCCUGAUAUGGCCAUUUGAACAAUUUUCCCAGGCCUUCAUUGUCAUCUCUUCUCCUUCCCCCUCAUAGCUAACCUGUAGCUCUAUCUCCACUGCCUCAUCUUCCAGUGCUGACCUGGAGAAAGAACCAGGCUUGGAGAUGGAGAGCGAAUGACUGGCUCCAAGAAGUGGCCAGAAGCAGUUACAUUGAUGUCAUUUUCAAGGGAGUUAGGACUUACAUUAUUCUGUCUAGUUCUCCCAAGAUGUCUCCCAAACCACUGAAGAGCUCCAUGUCUGGGCAUUUUCAAGAGAAGCCAUGAGCAGAACUGUAGUUCCUUGUUGUCAUUUUUCCCUUCUCCCUUUCCAAGUACCCUCUUCGCAGCAUAUAUAGAAUAUGGGAUUGGGGUUUCUGUUCCACUGGUUUGCGGCUGACUGCAGGCGCAGAAAUGGAUGUAUAUGCCCAUUCUUGAUAGCUUCACGCCAUGUGCUGGGGGGAGGAGCAAUGUGAGGCAGAUCUAUUUGGGUUUCUAUUUAGUUGCUAGAUUGGGAUGGUAAAUGAAAUGCAUGUAUGGCCAACUCAUCUUGACCCUUCGGAGGGGUAUAGACAUCAUAGCUUACAAGUAGCUAUGGCCAAGGACAAGAUCCCUUCAGAAAUUGGCCAAAUCUGAGUCCUCACCUCAGGACCCUGUAGCUUCCCUAUGUGAAGGGGAAGCCUUCCCAUCAUUCAUGAGAAUGACAUCUACUGUUUAUUACUAAUGACUAGAUGACAUUCUCUCAUUAGCAAGGGUUCCUCAGGAGCAACAGCCACAAUCUCUAACCAAUUCACUUGAUGCUCGGGUGCUUUGUGGGCACCCAAGAUUAUUGGACAGAAUUAAGCAGCAUCUAUUCCUAGGAGCUGGCUAAGCUUAUUAGCUUUUUCUCCCAUGACUUGGUCCUUAUAGCUUGGUUUCCAAGUAUCCUAGUUCAGGUGCCUUUAAUAAGUUCAUGGCUUCUGAAGUUCCAACUGCCUACAGGACAUUUUCCUCAUAAAUACCAUCAGUCAUGGCUCAUUAGAGCUGCCCAGUUUUGAAAACCCCAUUCUAGGGUUAUAACAAAACACCCAGGCCACCUCUAAAAUCUAAAUCUAAAAUGAGCUGGAAAUGUAUUUGGCAAGGAUUCUGUAGUUCAUGGACCCAUAGAGGAACAAGAGAAAGCUGGGAAAAUGUCUCAAAUCCAGUGUGUCUACCUGUAUUGCACAAACUUCCUGUCCUCUACACACACAUUCAAGUAUUCUGUUGUAGUAUUUUAAGUUUUUCUGUUGACCACAAAGGCAGUUUGGGAACAUGCCUUCUACUAGCUUUGACUACUGCCUCAGUGGAACUCUUUAUACUUGUGUGUGGUUGGGGCCAUGAAGGGAACAGUUGUAUUUAUUGUGUUGUGAUAAUUUUUAACAUCUUGUGAUUUCAUGUUAGUUUUUUUUUUAUUGUUUUUAGAGGCUUUUUGUAGAAACAUUAACUGAGGCACAUUUCUGCAUGUCAGUAAAAAAUCUGAGUUUGA